AUGAAAAAUAUGAAAAAAAUCGACGUCCGCGGCUUGAAGUGUGCGACCGCACUCCGCGCUGUCAAAGUUGCGAUGUACGAAAGUAGCUGCUCCUAUGGCGGGGCACUAGAACUGAAAAGAAGCGCUCUGAAAGAAGAACCCUGGCCGACCACAGAAUGGCCGCCCUACCGUCUCCACCAGUCAACCUUCGAACAGCUAAAGCAGAGUGUAGAGAAAGCGAAAGCCGCACUACAGGACCGAUCAAGUCUAUUGGGAACAGCCUCAGCGUUCGGUGAUUUUUAUGGAGGCCAACUGGGACAAGACAGCACUAAUAUUGGCUUUGGACGGUCUAGAACGGAGGAUUCCAUGCUUGGACCCAUAGAUAAGGCUAAGGGAUUAGGAACUGAAAAGCUGUCAAGUGGGUUAAGCAAAGGAUACACCACGCCGAGUCUGACCGAUACAAUCAGAGCUACUAAAUGUUCAGGUUAG